UCUCAUCACCCCCCCUCUCCCCACCCCGAUCCUCAGUUGACCAGCGUCGCAAGUAAGCGUCGCUCUUGCUCCCGGAAAAAGUCUUCGUCUUAUCUCGUCGCCUAUACCGACUUCUCCGCGACAAGGUUUUCUUGAGCGAAAACUACUUGCGCACCCCUGAACAAGCCAAAUGAUCUUUUUUUUUUUCUCCCUCCCCAAGUCAAACCGAGAAGUACUGGAUGAUGUUGCGUGAAAUGUGGCAACGGUGCGUUUGAUUUUGGUGUCAUUUGUGCCUUCGAUCUGUUGCUCAUUUUUUGGGGGGUGGAGGUCAUUUUCGAGACAAGAGGAGGAGGAGGAGGUUGUCUGCUAGAAGACAUUCGAGAGCUGGGCCGCAGGCACCAAACACCAUGCUGUCCUCGGACGAGCCGCUGGACCUGAAGCUUCCCUCGGGACAGACGCGUUGUCCACUCCGACUGGGAAAGAGGAGCUCAUCGUCCAUAUGCGCACCGCUGGGCGUCCACUCGCGACCACGCCUCAUUUACACCACCUUCCCGUCGCCGCCUUCCUCCCCAGACUCCCAGUCCCCAUGCCACGAACGACCUGGAUCCUGCUUCACUCCCUCAGCCAUGGACCUCAGUCUUUCGCCUUCAUCCAGACACACCUCCUCUCUUUCCCCCUCUCCCUCGUCCCCCUCGUCCCCUCCCUCGCCUCUGGAGUCCCCCCACGGCAGCAGGAGCAGCGGCAGCCCUCGACCGCACCCCUUCUUACGGGAAGCGGCGCUUAAUCGAAGGGUGGAGGGCAACACGUCGCCUCAACGCUAUCCUUUUUACGUGCCCAUCGCGAGCCCGACGGUGGGGUACACCUUCCCGUCGACUCUUUUCAGUGGUCAGAAAAGGGACAAGCAAGUCUCGCCCGAGACCUCAUUGGAUGUUCAGCUGGCAUGUCGCUGGAAGAAGUGCCACCUGCUGUUCGAGUCGCUGCAGGACUUGGUGGACCACAUCAACGACGCCCACGUCAAACCUGAAAAGGAUUCUGGGUACUGCUGCAAGUGGGAGGGGUGCGCUCGCAACGGACGGGGUUUCAACGCCAGGUACAAAAUGCUGAUUCACAUCCGCACACACACCAACGAGAAACCGCAUCACUGUCCCACCUGCAGCAAGAGUUUCUCCCGUCUGGAGAACCUGAAGAUCCACACUCGCUCACAUACAGGAGAGAAACCCUACAUCUGCCCGUACGAAGGCUGCAACAAGCGUUACUCCAACUCCAGCGACCGCUUCAAGCACACCCGCACGCACUACGUGGACAAGCCCUACUGCUGCAAGAUGGCCGGCUGCCUGAAGCGCUACACCGACCCCAGCUCGCUACGCAAGCACAUCAAAGCUCACGGGCAUUUUGUUAGCCAGGAGCAGAGCGCCGCCCCGAAGCCGGGUCCUCUCGGCAACCGAGGGACGGCCGACCUCCUCCCGCCGGGGGGCGCUCGGCUCAUCUCCCCGGGGGCGGCCGCGGCCCUCCUGGGUGGUCUGGGGAGCGCGUUGCCCCUCUCGGCGCUGUGCCACCCCCGCGCGGCUCUCUUCUCCGUGGGAUCAAGGGGAGCCCUCGGCACCUUGGCGGACUCGCCGCUUUGUCACUUUGGAUUUUCGGCGGCGUCUGUUUUGGGACUGAGCGCUCUGGCAAGACCGCGCCGCUCCGAGGUCGACGACGGGGGUGCCGAACCCGAGGGGGAGGCUUUAAACCUGUCGGCGGAGGUAGCGCCCAGAAAGGGGGAUCCCCUGUCCUGGGUGGUUGUCCCUCCGAGGGCACUCCUGCUCAAGCCAACUGUUGUUAGCUAGGAUUGUUCGAGAGGGGGCGGAGACGGGUGGGAGGAGAGCGGGCCGUGGUAUUUUUCGAUCACCCACUUUGUGAUAUUUUCAAGAAGUUGAAUAUUUGGCCUAAAAUGUUUCACUUGUCAUAGAGCUGCAAAGUGAAUAGCGAAAAUCCCAGCGCUAGCCCCCCCGAAAAAAAAAAAGAUGGCCAGACUAAAUGAAGCCCGUCCUCUCAACUCAACAAGAUCUCAACAAAGCACCUGAGCAGAAAAAUGUCCUUGUCAUUGUGCACUUUUGAAUCCUAAUUAAGCCUCUGUAAAGCAGAAGUAUAAACGAAGGAUGGGAGCUUUCUCCAUCCCGACGUCUCGCAGCGGACAAUCAACAGCCUUCUUCGCUUUUGACAAACCUCGCUGACGCUUGCGCUCGCCCGUAUUUUAGCUUGAAACGAAAAUGGGAGUUCAGGAGCGGCAUUGCGGCACGGGGUGCUACGAGGAAAGGGUACGGCACAAUUUAACCAAUGACUUAGCCCUUUGUAGGCUGUGAGGGCGUAUCUCUCUCUCUCUUCAGGGAAAAUACAUUAUAGGCCAUUAUAAAAUGGUCUCAAUACGUGAUCUGCGGACAGAAGUAUUGGGACAGGUCUCGGAUGAUGACAGCGCACUGCCGAAGUCCCUUUUGUCUACCCAAGUAUUGACCCAAUUUUCAAUAAUUCGACUCCAACUUCAGGACACAAACUAGCAACUCCAUAUCUUAAGCCCACUUGGAUCCAAUCCUCAACCUUCUUCUUUCAGUCUUCAAAUAUUGAUCAGUUUGAGACAACUGAACCUUUGCUGAUUUUAAUUGGAAAAGAUCAUCCGUCUGAUAAUUGGCAUCCGCGCACCCAAUUUUUAAGCCAAACAUUUGGCGAGCUCCGACAAUCUUCCCAGAGCAUCUCGUCUACUCCCACUUUAACCAUCCCAAUGGUUUUGUCCACAGAUGACGUACGUUUAAAAAAAAACGACGAUCGUGUACCGAGACUUUUCGUGGGUCUCCUUCAUUGCAUUUCUGGGGACAGCGUGACAUUUAAAGUUUGUUCUUUCCUCCUUGCCACUUUAAUCACCGACAGACAAAGAUCUCUACGGGAUCUGCCUCGGUCUCCUGCGCGGAACAAGCGAGGAACGAGUAAACAAACAGGUCGCACUCGUGCGACUGCCACUUAUAGACUUGUUCCUACUAUUUUACAUAGUCCACAAAAGAGGAAAGGCUUUUUCCUCUUUAAAAGAAAAAAAGACACUAUAUAUAGAUACUAUUUUUCCCAAGUUUGACAAUGGCUAUAUGUGGCCUGUUUGUGUUGUUAUUUUAUAUCUUAUUAUCUGUCCCGAAUGUGCCUUGUGUUUCUGAGCAAAAUGUACCACGCCGUGUCUGAAAACAUUUACGCAGAAAAAAAAAAAAAAAAGUGUAUAUGCGUACUUUUUGUAUUCCUUCUUUUGUGGGAACUUUACCGUAACAACUGACAGACAACAGAUGCAAAUUUGUGCAUCAGGGCCACUGAGACAUUUUCCAAAUGACGAUGACGGAAUGUCAAUAAAGAACAAUACGAAUGGU